AUAUAAUAUACCAACAACAAUACUAAUCAAUUAUUAACUUAUACAAAAUUUAAAGUCAGCCGGCAAUGGUGGCCCAACUCCCCUGCGACGGCGACGGAGUGUGCAUGAUCUGCGGCGCUAAAGGAGAGACGCUUUCCUGUAAGACGUGCGCAACGCCAUGGCACAUCAUUUGCCUCGCCGCUUCCCCGGAAACCCUAGCCGAGGCAGCCCAAUGGAACUGCCCCGACUGCUCCGGCGCCGCCACUGAAUCGGCCGUCCACGGCGGAGGAGGCCUCGUUGACAGGAUCCGCGAGAUCGAGUCCGAUGAUUCGCUGACGGAUCGGGAGAAAGCGUUGAAACGGCAGGAGCUGUUGAGCGGGACCGCCGGCGGCCAUGGUGAUGUCAGUGAUGAUAAAGAUGGUGAUGCUGGAGGGCUUUUGGGGUUGUUGGGUGAUAAGUUCAAUUGCUCCAUUUGCAUGCAGCUACUCGAUAAGCCUGUCUCCACGCCAUGUGGCCACAACUUUUGCUUGAAAUGCUUCCAAAAAUGGAUUGGGCGGCAGCAGCAGUGCAAGAAGAGUUGUGCUAUUUGUCGAAAGGUAAUUCCUGAAAAGAUGGCAAGGGAGCCCCGAAUUAACUCAACUAUCGUUAUGGCCAUCAGGAUGGCUAAACUUUCCCAGGCAAAUGUUUCAGAAGGCAUCCCAAAGGUCUAUCCGUUUAUCCGCAACCAAGAUCGUCCAGACAAAGCUUUCACUACUGAGCGAGCGCGAAAAGCUGGAAAGGCUAAUGCAUGCAGUGGGAAGAUAUUUGUCACAGUUCCUCUUGAUCAUUUUGGUCCAAUUACAGUGGAGAAUGACCCAGAAAGAAAGCUGGGAGUCUUGGUUGGGGAAACAUGGGAAGAUCGGAUGGAAUGCAGGCAGUGGGGUGCCCAUUUUCCUCAUGUUGCUGGAAUCUGUGGUCAGGCAGAUCAUGGUGCUCAGUCAGUUGCUUUGUCUGGAGGUUAUGAAGAUGACGAGGAUCAUGGGGACUGGUUCCUCUACACUGGAAGUGGUGGACGUGAUCUUAGCGGGAAUAAAAGGACAAACAAGUUACAGUCUUUCGACCAGACAUUUACAAAACUCAAUGAAGCUUUGCGAGUCAGUUGCAAACAGGGUUAUCCAGUACGUGUGGUGAGGGUUUUAAGGUCUGCCGCUAUCUUUUUGUUCGUUGUGAUAAUGAUCCUGCACCAUGGACAAGGCUAGUGUUGUUUUUCCUUUUCGCUUUUAUUUUUUCCUUCUUUUCUUUCUUGGUAUUUACUAACCUAUUUACCUGAUUCAGCCCAUGUACUCAUGUUUGAUUUUUAUAUUCAUGAAACUUAAGUUAAAUGUCUGCUACAGUGAUACCCAUGGAGACCGUCCGAGAUCAUCGCUGCCUCCUGUUCCGGAGUUGAAGAAAGCUACUGACAUCACUCAAAGAAAAGGGAGUCCUGCAUGGGAUUAUGACGAGCAAAAGGGUCUAUGGAUGUGGAAGAGACCUCAACCAGAAAGUAACAAAGGCUACAGUGAUUGUAAUGAUGAUGAUCAGAGUACCAAGAAAAGAAAACGUCAGAAGACAAAGGGGUCUGUGAAAGAAAGGCUUCUGAAAGAAUUUAGCUGCCUUAUCUGUCGGAAAGUGAUGGAUCUUCCACUCACCACUCCAUGUGCUCAUAACUUCUGCAAGUCUUGCUUAGAGGGUGCCUUUGCUGGUCAGUCCUUUGUUAAAGAUAGGACAUGUGGAGGGAGGUCACUGCGGACACAGAAGAAUGUUAUGAAAUGCCCGGCUUGCAUAAAUGAUAUAUCCGAAUUCCUUCAGAAUCCCCAGGUCAACCGGGAGUUGAUGAAUGUGAUUGAAUCACUGCAGAAUCAAAUGAAGGAGGAGAGCUUAUUAGACGCUGAUGAUAAUAACGCUGAUAAUAAUAAUGCUGAUGAUAUUGCUGAAAAUAAUAAUGAAGACGAGUGCAUGCUGGUAACAGACAAUAAUGAUAUGGCUGAGGUGGAACUUUCCGAACAUGUAUGCAUUUCCAAGCAAAAGAAAGCUGAUUCUGAGGCUGUUGAUGCAGAAGUUCCAGAUGUUAAAGAGUUACCAUGAAACUGGAAAAGCUGAAGAAUCUAAGAGAAUCUACAAUUGAAAAAGGGUUGGUUUGAUUUAGGGUUGUCACCUGAUGAAUCUCCUUUACUCCUAAUACACUUGUGGUCUCUUCUCGUUCUUCUUUCUUGUUUUGUAUUUUGAAUCCUUCAACUGGAGGAAACUUGCUAUCUUUCUUAUUUCGUAUUAUUAGCUUCAUGGAACAAGAUGAACUUGAAACUUUGCUAUCCUUCUCAUUUUGUAUUAGCUUUUAUAUGGAACAAGUGAAACUUGCUAUCCUUCUCAUUAUGUUUUGGUGUCUUGGAACAGGAUAACUAGUCUAUUUUGAUAGGUUAAGAAAGUGCCAUAUCUAAUUGUAUGAACUAUAUUUGUGAUAUCAUGAAUUGUUGUUUGCUUUCCUUCUUUGAUGAUCUU